GCCCCGAGAGCGAGAGGCCGAGACGCUAGAUACUCAACUCUGACCCCGCCACAUCCGAGGAAUCUAUUCCACCGUUUCCAUCCUUCCCAAUCCAAGAAGGAACCCGGCGUCCCGACCCGACGGAUCCAUCGCGCCCACCGAGACUUCCCCUUCGAUCUCCACCCCCGCACCAGACACCCCCGCCAUGUCCUCCUGCGUCUCGCACCACCACCACAUCCAGACCCGCGUCCGCCCCCGCCUCCCCGUACCGGCCCGGCUCCCCGCGGCCGCGGCGUCGUUCGCUCCGCCGGGGCGCCGGGUGGUGACAGCCGCGAUGAGCGCCGAGGCGGCCCCGGGCGUGGAGCCGGCGGAGGCGGAACCCGGGGCGGCGGCCGGGCCGGGGCAGCAGCAGGCGGUGCUGCUGGCCGAGAUGGUGGAGGACGCCGCCGUCUGGUGCGCCUUGCACGGGCUCGUCGUCGGGGACCGCGCCGACCCGAGAUCAGGAACAGUACCUGGCGUCGGCCUGGUUCAUGCCCCGUUCUCGCUGCUUCCAUCGCGCUUCCCGACGUCCUUCUGGAAGCAGGCGUGCGAGCUGGCCCCUAUCUUCAAUGAGCUCGUCGAUCGUGUCAGCUUGGAUGGGGAGUUUUUGCAAGCUGCGUUGUCUAGGACAAAGCAGGUUGAUGAAUUCACUGCAAGGCUGCUAGAAAUUCAUGAGAAGAUGAUGGCAAUAAAUAAGAAAGAGGCUAUCCGCUUAGGACUGCACCGAUCUGAUUAUAUGCUGGAUUCUGAAACCAAUUCACUGCUUCAAAUAGAGCUCAACACUAUUUCGUCGUCUUUUCCUGGCCUUGGCUCCCUUGUCAGUGAACUUCACAGGACCUUACUCAAUCAGUAUGGAAAAGUUUUAGGCCUAGAUUCUAAAAGGAUACCACGGAAUUGGGCUGCCACUCAAUUUGCUGAAGCGUUGGGCAAAGCAUGGGCUGAGUAUAACAAUGACAGUGCUGUUGUUCUGAUGGUUGUUCAACCUGAAGAAAGAAAUAUGUACGACCAAUAUUGGCUUGCCAAUCAUUUGAAGGAAUCAUAUGGUGUGACAACUGUAAGGAAAACGUUGGCACAAGUAGAGGCUGAAGGACAGGUGCUUACAGAUGGAACACUUGUGAUAGAUGGUCGGACAGUUGCUGUUGUGUAUUUCAGAGCCGGGUAUGCACCAACUGAUUACCCUUCGGAAGCGGAGUGGAAAGCGAGGCUUCUGAUGGAACAAUCUUCUGCAGUAAAGUGCCCUUCAAUAUCUUACCAUUUAGUAGGAACAAAAAAGAUCCAGCAAGAACUAGCAAAGCCAAACGUUCUUGAAAGGUUUCUCGACAGCAAGGAGGACAUUGCCAAACUACGUAAAAGUUUUGCAGGUUUGUGGAGCUUGGAUAAUGAAGAGAUUGUGAAAUCAGCAAUAGAGAAACCUGACCUGUUUGUCUUGAAGCCUCAGCGAGAAGGCGGAGGAAACAACAUAUAUGGUCAUGAUGUGCGAGACACGCUGAUAAAACUCCAGAAGGAACAGGGGGAGUCACUUGCAGCAUACAUCCUGAUGCAGAGGAUUUUUCCAAACGCUUCUCUUACUCCUUUAGUUAGGGGUGGUGAUUGCUUUGAGGACCUUACAAUCUCUGAGCUAGGGAUAUAUGGAGCCUACUUGCGGAACAAAGACAAGGUCAUCCUGAAUAACCAGUGUGGUUACUUAAUGCGCACCAAAGUUUCUUCAUCAAACGAAGGUGGCGUUGCUGCAGGGUUUGCCGUUUUGGAUAGUGUUCUCCUCACUGAUGAGUGAGAUGGAAAAAGUGGAGGAGUUACAAGUGACAACUGACAUGAACUAGUGACACGAAUCUAGAGCUGAAAGAUGGCAAUGUCGGAUUGGGCGUCAUUUGAUCUUGGCAGCAAUUUUUUGGAAAAACUGUGAAUAGCUGACAAUGUAACAAAUAAUACACCUUGACAGCAGAGCAGAUGGUGUUAGUGUUCUGCAUUAGUGUCAUGUUCCUUUUAUGUUGGCUGCAAGUGUAGGAAAUAUCUUGUCACAGAAAACCCUGGAAGACAGCGAGAGUGGGUACAUAAGCUUCUGUUUCUUUUUGGGCAAGAGUGGGUACAGAAGCUUAUGCAGUCAUAGUGUCAUGUAUUUGUAUAGCACGAUUGCGCGGACAUUGCAUCCGAGCCUGAUGUUUUCUUGUGAACUGUGGAUAAAGAUUAUUGGUUUUAUGGAUGUAAAUGUGAAAUUGUGAAGUUGUAUCUUGUGUAAGAACUAAAUUAUGUUCUUUC